AUGGAUGUCAUUGGACCAAUUGAGCCAAAAGCUUCUAAUGGACAUCGAUUUACUUUGGUCGCAAUUGAUUACUUUACUAAAUGGGUGGAGGCAAUCACUAAGAAGGCAGUAGUGGAUUUUGUCCAUUCAAACAUCAUUUAUCGUUUUGGUAUCCCAAGAACUCUCAUCACAGAUAAUGUUGCAAACCUUAAUAACAAUUUGAUGAAGGAGGUAUGUGAGCAGUUCAAAAUUGUGCAUCACAAUUCUACUCCAUACCGACCAAAGGCCAACGGAGCUGUGGAGGCGGCCAACAAGAAUAUCAAAAAAUUCUCAGGAAAAUGGACUGAGGCUGUGAUACCAGCGGAAGUCGAAAUUCCAUCUCUUCGAAUUAUUGUCGAGGCUGAAAUUGAAGAUACUGAAUGGGUCAAAACUCGACUAGAGCAGCUCACAUUAAUAGAUGAGAAACGAUUGACGGCCAUCUGUUUUGGUCAGCUUUAUCAACAAAGGAUGGCUAGUGCAUAUAACAAAAAAGUGCACCCAAGACACUUUGAAGUAGGUCAAUUGGUCUUAAAGCGCAUUCUCCCGCACCAAGAAGAGGCCAAGGGAAAGUUUGCCCCAAAUUGGCAAGGUCCAUAUCUUAUCAAGGAAGUGUUGUCCAAAGGAGCCUUGCACCUUACUGAUGUGGAGGGAAAAAUCACAGGUAUAACUGUUAAUGCGGACGCAAUCAAAAGAUUCUACAUCUAA